CCUGCUGCCGCGAGGGCACUCGGGAAAUCCUGAGUGCGUCUGGAAUCCGGCGGGCCGUUGGGGCCAUGGCCACCUCUUCGGUGUCCAAGGGCUGCUUUGUGUUUAAGCCAAACUUCAAGAAGAGAAAGAUCUCUGUGCCAAUAGAGGACUAUUUUAAUAAAGGGAAAGAUGAGUCUGAGGACAGUAAGCUUCGAUUCGAAACUUAUCAUUUGAUAUGGCAGCAGAUGAAAUCUGAAACUGAGCGACUACAAGAGGAAUUAAAUAAAAACCUGUUUGACAGUCUAAUCGAAUUUCUGCAAAAGUCUCAUUCUGGAUUCCAGAAGAAUUUAAAAGACUGGGGUAGUCAAAUAAAACUCAGAGAAAUUCCAGCUGCUGCUCUUGUUCUAGGUGUGAAUGUAACAGAUCAUGAUUUAACAUUCAGAAGUCUAACAGAAGCCCUUCAGAAUAAUGUCACACCAUAUGUAGUCUCAUUGCAAGCUAAAGAUUGUCCAGAUAUGAAACAUUUUUUGCAAAAGCUGGUCUCACAGUUGAUGGAGUGCUGUGUAGAUGUUGAAUCCAAAGAGGAGGAAAGUGUUCAGGUCACCCAGAAAAAGACACAUUGUUCAAUGGAUUCUCUUUCCAGUUGGUAUAUGAAUGUCACACAGAAGACAGACCCAAAAAUGCCAAGGAAAAAGAGGACUUCUAGCCAAUGGCAGUCUCCUCCUGUUGUGCUUAUCUUAAAGGAUAUGGAAAGCUUCACCACAAAAGUACUCCAAGACUUCAUAAUUAUCAGCAGUCAACAUCUACAUGAAUUUCCACUAAUACUCAUUUUUGGAAUUGCCACAUCUCCUAUUAUCAUCCAUCGGUUGCUUCCUCAUGCAGUAUCAUCUCUGUUGUGUAUAGAACUUUUCCAAUCUUUGUCUUGCAAGGAGCACCUGACUACAGUACUUGAUAAGCUGCUUCUUACAACUCAAUUUCCCUUUAAGCUAAGUGAAAAAGUGUUACAGAUUCUGACCAACAUCUUUUUGUAUCAUGAUUUCUCAAUUCAGAACUUUAUAAAAGGACUUCAGCUUUCUCUAUUAGAGCAUUUCUAUUCCCAGCCUCUCAGUGUUCUGUGCUGCAAUCUCCCAGAAGCCAGGAGAAGAGUACAUUUUUUAUCAGCUAACCAGUGUGAAAACAUCCGACGUCUUCCAUCGUUUAGGAGGAUGCAGAAACCCUCGGAUAUAGAGGAAGAAACACAAUCAUUACUAGGAAACCUGUAUGUUUACCAUACAAAUUAUUUCCUGGUUUUGAGAUGUCUUCAUCAAUUCACCUCUUCUCUUCCCAAGUACCCAAUGGGUCGACAGAUCAGAGAGCUGUACUGCACAUGUUUAGAAAAGAGUGUAUGGGAUUCAGAGGAGUAUGCAUCCGCUCUGCAGCUGCUGAGGAUGUUGGCAAAGGAUGAACUGAUGACCAUACUUGAGAAAUGUUUCAAGGUUUUUAAGUCCUCUUCUGAAAAGCAGCUUGGCAGCACAGCAAAGAGAAUAGAGGAGCUCCUGGCCCAGUUUCAGAGCCUUGAUGCAGAAGCCAAAGAUGAAGAAGAUACUUCUGGGUCACAGUCAAAGGGGCUUCAGAAGACAGACCUCUAUCAUCUUCAGAAGUCCUUACUGGAAAUGAAGGAGUUAAGAAGAACCAGUAAGAAGCAGACCAAGUUUGAAGUACUCAGAGAAAAAGUUGUGAACUUCAUUGACAGUCUGGUGAGAGAAUAUCUUCUGCCUCCAGAGACACAGCCUCUGCACGAGGUGGUGUACUUCAGUGCUGCCCACACCCUUCGUGAGCACCUGAAUGCUGCUCCGCGAAUCGCCCUCCACACUGCACUCAACAAUCCUUACUAUUAUCUCAAGAAUGAAGCACUGCAGAGUGAAGAAGGCUGCAUUCCCAAUGUUGCCCCCGACAUCUGCAUAGCAUAUAAACUGCACCUGGAGUGUAGCAGGUUGAUCAACCUUGUGGACUGGUCAGAGGCUUUUGCAACAGUUGUGACAGCUGCUGAAAAACUGGAUGCAAAUUCUAUAACCUCAGAAGAAAGGAAUGAAAUUAUCCAUGCUCGGUUUAUUAGAGCUGUUUCUGAAUUGGAACUUUUAGGAUUUAUAAAACCUACCAGACAGAAGACUGACCAUGUGGCAAGGCUAACAUGGGGAGGCUGCUAGAAAGCAAAUGAAUGAAAUUAGAAGGAUCACAUUUAGCUUAAGAGAAAAAGGAGACCAGUCAUAUUUACAUACCACUAGAGGAAGACUGUUUUGGCGAGAAAUGAAAUGUGUAAUCCCUGUGUGAUGUGUGACCAGUAAGUAGACUGCUAACUCCAAAUAGGAAUAUAUCGAAACACCUUUUGAGUACUUC